AUGGCACAGGCCAUCACGAUGCAGGCCCAAGCUAUGACUGCCCAAGUCAACCGGGAGGAUGUUCAGAGGGAAAACCGACUGGUUCGCAGCAUGGCUGACAGACUGCGAGAUUUCACGAGGAUGAAUCCUCCAAUUUUCACAGGGGCUAAGACUUCAGAAGAUCCUCAGGAAUUUAUAGACGAGUUGCAUAAGAUCCUGGUGGCCAUGGGGGCCACUGAUAUUCAGAAGGCUGAGCUGGCUUCCUACCAGCUCAAAGAUGUUGCACAGACUUGGUGCAAAAUGUGGCGAGAUAGUCGUGUCCUAGGAGGGGUGCCGGUCACCUGGGAGCUGUUCAAGACAGCAUUUUUGGAAAGAUUAAUGGUGCAUGUACAGCAGGUAGAGGACAGCCGAAAGAGGAGAGGUGUACGUAACGAUAGGAGGCCUAGGCCUCAAGAUCAGGCAGUUCCCAACCAUGGAGGCCAUAGAAACAAUUUUGGCAUCCGUGAGCAGCCCAAAUUCAACAAGGGGCAACAGAGUUCUUGUAAUUCUGACCCUCAGAGAAAUACAACACCUAGAGGAGGCAGACCCGAACCCAAGAGGGUCAAUGGAGACUGUCCCCAGAACAGAGGUCAGGCUGGGGGUAAUGCUCAGCCUAGAUCUACCCCUCAGAGUGCAGCAGCAGCCGAGCCUCCCAAGAGGAACAAAUUUUAUGCCUUGAAAGGUAGGGAGGAGCAGGAGAAGUCCGCUUAUGUGGCCACAGAGUCUCCAGUACGUGUUCACGCAGAGGGAGCUGAAUCUACGGCAACGCAGAUGGUUGGAGCUGCUGAAGGAUUAUGA